AGUCAACAUGUUCUACCUGUAAUUAAAUGAUGUCAGUUCCAAGGUGAGGAUUUUCUAUCAUGCAUAGUUUUGAUGAAUGUCCAGCAUUGGAUAGGCUCAAACACCCUGCCACCUCAAAUUGUAAACUGAAAAACACCUAUCUUGAUCCCAUGCCAAUGAUGUGUGUUUCAACUGUAGUUUUUAUGAUACUAAAACUACAGUUGACAACGUCUGUCAUUUAUAAACAAUGAAAAGCUGGCUUGUUGGUUUUAAGUGAACUAGCUUUCCCUGUCAGUGGGCUUCUGAACAGUCUGCAUAUGGAUUUUCUUUACCCUCAAGUUGGUGACGUGUCUGCCUGUAGAAUUGCAAAGGCAUCAGACCAGGCAGUCACAGUGCUGCUGAGAACGUGGACGGGUGAUCGAGACACCGAGCGGUCAGAGGCUGAGUGGAACGCAGUUGAUCGCAGUUUGUUUCUACGGAGGGGUUGGGGUAACAACUCUUUUUCUUCCUCUUCUCUUUUUGUGUCGUGCAUGGUACCGUUAGGAGGAGGCUUUCAUGGCAGACCCAUCAAGACUAUGGACUCCGUAUCCAGGCCGGGAUUAUGUUUGCUACAGGAUACGAUAACGGAUAUGGUUAUAACAAUGUAAUGCCGUAUGAUGAACAAAGUAAUCAACCCCCAAAAGAGGAAAACGUCGCAAUGACAGUCGGAUUAGGCGACGAGGAGCGAACUGUCCUUAGCUAACGUUAACUUGACGUUAGCCUUGUCAAUUCGGUAAUGUCCAUUUUAUCUGUUCAUGUCCUAGCGACUGUAUUUAGGACAUUCGUCUUAUCAACAACACUGACUGCAGAUAAUCAAAUAAGUUUUGUAUGAAACAGGAAAACCCGUCGCAUCGAUAGAGCUUCCAACAUCCGGUAACUAAAGCGAUGGAUUUUUUUUUUUACCAAUGAACGUCCAUUUAAUACAACAUUUUGUGAUAUGACAUCCCAGCUAGUGUUAACAAUUUAUCUAUGAGGAAAAUGCCAUGGCAUGCCCUGAAGUAGCCUGAAAUUAAAUUCUUAUUCUCUGCACCAUCGAACUCAUCGAACUGGCUUCGUAAACAACACGAUGCAUAGGAGAUAGCUAGUUUAUUCAUAACGACUUUGCAAUUAAUGCGUCACAUCAUCUCCUUUAACAGUGGCACUGUCGCACCCUCAUUGUUUACUUUGCUACAAACAUACCAAAUGGAGGUGAAAUCAGAGUGAAACGCGGAGCUUGUUUCGGGGCACUGCUUUGCCCCUAUAAAGCAAGGACUUCAAAGCAGGCCUUCAAAGGGAUUUGACAGAGUGUUGCGAAGCCGCUCCAGGUGCACCAUGCGUCUCUCAUCCUUCCUCGCCGUUUUCCGGCCUGCCCUGCCUCUCAUCCUGGGACUCUCUCUGGGCUGCAGCCUGAGUCUGCUCAUGGUGUCCUGGACUCAGGGGGACACGGAGGAAACCUGCAGCGAUGAGCUGGGGAACGGGGGCUUGUUUGCCGGGGGACAUAUGGGAGAACCGCUUGACAGUCAAGCGGGUGGAGAUGGAAACGAGGACUUUCAGCCGCGCAUUGUGCCCUAUCACAAAGACCCAAACAAACCACACAAGAAGGUUCUCAGGACGCGCUACAUCCACACGGAGCUGGGCAUCCGAGAGCGUCUCCUGGUGGGCAUCCUGACGUCGCGCGCCACCCUCAACACGAUGGGCGUGGCCGUCAACCGCACGGUGGCGCACCACUUCCAUCGCACCUUCUUCUUCACGGGCCUGCGCAGCGCCAAGGCCCCGCACGGCAUGGCGGUGGUCACCCACGGCGACGACCGGCCCGUCUGGCUCAUGUACGAGACGGUGCGCCACCUGCACCAGCACCAUGGCAACGACUAUGACUGGUUCUACCUGGCGCAGGACGACACCUACACACAGGCGGAGCGUGUGAUGGAGCUGGUGGGGCACCUAAGCGCUGGGCAGGACCUGUACAUGGGCCGGGCGGAGGAGUUCAUCGGUGGGGACGAGCGGGCGCGCUACUGCCACGGCGGCUACGGGUACCUGCUCUCGCGCAGCCUGCUGGCACGCCUGCAGCCCCACCUGGACUCCUGCCGUAACGACAUCCUCAGCGUCAGACCUGACGAGUGGCUGGGACGCUGCAUCAUCGACUACUUGGGUCUGAGCUGUGUGGAGGUGCAUCGGGAGAUGACGUACCGCUACUUUGAGCUGCGCAAGAACGCCGACCCGGAGCGCGAGGACAGCCCACAGUUCAAGAACGCCUUCACCGUGCAUCCAGUGGCGGAACCGGCCCUCAUGUACCGCCUGCACAAACGCUUCAGCCAGAUCGAGCUAGACUGGACCUACGCACAGAUACAACAGCUACAGGCCCAGAUCAGCAACCUGACUGAGCUGACCCCGGAGGGCAAGGCGGGCGCCUCGUGGCCCGUGGGCAUCAACCCCCCGUUCCGGCCCAAGACGCGCUUCGAGGUCAUCAACUGGGACUACUUCACGGAGGAGCAUGUGUACUCCUGCGCUGACAGCGCCCCCAAGUGCGAGCUGCGGGGAGCCGACCGGGCCGACGUCAGCGCUGUGCUGGAGACCGCCGUGGAGCGCCUCAACGAGCGCUACCAGCCACAGCUCCGCUUCCGCAAGCGGCGGCUCCUGAACGGGUACCGGCGGUUCGACCCGACGCGCGGCAUGGAGUACCAGCUGGACCUGGCCCUGGAGGCCUACACGCAGAAAGGCCACAGCCAGGUCAUCGCCAAGCGCGUGGGGCUGCUGCGGCCACUCAGCUCCGUGGAGAUCAUCCCCAUGCCCUACGUCACCGAGGCCACACGCGUACAGGUCAUCCUCCCCAUCACGGCGCGUGAGCAGGACUUUGUGGGCAACUUCCUGGACAUGUACGUGAUGAACGCGCUGGACACGCACGACAACGUGCUGUUGACCUUCCUGUUUGUCUACGACCCGUUUGACGCGCAGCGCGUCAGCCAGACGGACGUGUUCGCCGGAGCCAAGGCCAUGAUCGGAGAGGUGGAGAAGAGAUACGCCGACGUCAAGAUCCCCUGGAUCAGCGUCAAGACUGAGGUGCCCUCGCAGGUGAAGCUGAUGGACAUCAUCUCCAAGAAGCACCCGGUGGACACGCUCUUCUUCCUGGCCGACGUCUGGACCGAGGUCAACGCUGACUUCCUCAACCGCUGCCGCAUGAACGCCAUCAGCAACUGGCAGGUGUUCUUCCCCAUCCACUUCCAGGAGUACAGCCCUGCGCUGGUCUACCGGGGCGGUGGGGGAGGGGGUGGUGAUGGUCAACAGGGUCCCUCUGCCUCCUCUGCAUCCUCGCUGGGCUCGGACACGCUGCGCGACGGCCACUUUGACCGCCAUGUCUUCCAGGAGGCCUGCUUCUACAACGCCGAUUACAUGGCCGCCAGAUCCAAGAUGGCCGCCGACCUCCUGGACAACGAGGAGCUGCUGGAGAGCAUGGACGCCUACGAGGUGUUUGUGCGCUACUCUGGCCUGCAUGUCUUCCGGGCCGUGGAGCCAGCGCUGGUGCAGAAGUAUGUGCGGCGCGGCUGCAACCCUCGUUUCAGCGAGGAUAUCUACCACAGGUGUGUGCUGAGUAACCUGGAGGGGCUGGCAUCCAGAUCGCACCUGGCUAUGGCGCUGUUCGAACAGGAGCAGGCCAACAGCACCUGAGGCCCUGCACCGGAGAGGGACAGGACAUUGGACAUUGGUCUGGAUACAAUGACAUUGGAACUGAUAAGAUCAGACAAGACACAAUAUGUCAUGACGUGACAUGAGAAAAAGUCAGACCAAUGAGAAGGAUAUAUAAAAAAACAGAGACAAACUCAAAAUGGAUAGACAGAUUGACAAGACUGUCAGACAAACAUGAAACACAACUCUCACCUCUCCAAGUCAAUGUGAGGCAGGGAUCACCAGGACAAGGUUUUGAAAUGACUCAACUUUGCCACGGUUUCUCCCUCUGAGACUCAUUGAUAUCACUGAAGGAUGGAAGGUCAAUCAAACCCCAAAGGUCAAUCAAACCUAAUUCAGAAAAAGAGCUGUUUUUGAUGGAUUUGGGAAGAAAUGACUUGACCUUACCAUGGUUUCUCGCUCUCGCUCCCUGAAGGACCGAAGGACAAUCUAAUAUCAUUCCUGAUUGGGGAAACUAUUUUUACGCCAUUUGGGAUGACGCACGAGACACCAUAAAGACUAUUCAUCUGGUGAACAAUGUGCCAGGUGAUUUUUUUUUACUUGUCAGCAGCAAAGCUUGCUUGUUUAUGUGCAAGUUCUUUUUUGUUGCUGCAAUUAAGCACAUAUUUCAUUCAUUGUUUUGAGAUGAACAGGGAACGGCCAAUGUUUAAUGUAAUACUCACUCACUGUGCCAGUAAAGGAGUAGUCUUCUCCUGCUUUAUAUAAAGGGUAGGCUGUGACCUUGUGUUGGGAAAAGGUGACCUUGUUGGCAAAGGUCAAAGGUCACCUGUGUUUACCUGACCUUCCUUAAUGCUGUGAGACAGCCCUGAGCCUUUCAAUCUGUCAUGUGUGUCUACUACAUGAUUGUAUGAAGUUUGAAUGAAGCCAUGUCUUAAAUGUAAUAAUAAAAAAGACAAUUCAUCAAACAUGUUGCUUUCAAAGUAUUUUAGCACACAGCUCAGGACUUUUCCAGUUGGAAAUCCAUGGCUGCUUUUGAACUCUGUUAUUCACUCAGUUUAUAUCCGAAGGACACAAUCCAAUAAUGUUUAUUUGUAAGGUCUGCCAAGGGCAGGGGAAGUGGGUAAUGAAAGAGGAUAGGACAGGCAAUCCUCCGGCUUUCUCAUGUCUUUGAGCUUGUUUGAAAUAACUUGCUUGGAAUAGCCACCAAAUGGUUUGAUGAAGGCAUUGUGUUCGGAUCAGCAGUAAGUGGCGACUUCAGACAGUCUUGUGUCACGAAAAUCCCUGUUUCAAGUUCAGAAAGCAUUACUUUUAGCCAUUACAUUUUUAUAAACUGUAUUUUUAAAGUGGAUACUGUAAAAAAGUAAAUCCGCUAUUCUUCUGUGGAUCUUGUUUCGCUCAUAACAUAUCCCAUGUGUG